AUGGACGAUUAUUCUUCGUCCGUCUGCUACACCGAUUUUGAUGAUGAAGGGUUAGAAACAAUAAAACGUUAUAAACCACGAAGUCUUGAAGAAUUAGCUAAUCGAACAAAAUUUAGUAAAAAAGAAAUUCAACUUAUAUAUCAAGGAUUUAAACAAGAAUGUCCAUCAGGUAUUGUGAAUGAACAAACAUUUAAACAUAUUUAUGGACAAUUUUUCCCAUUUGCUGAUACAUCAUCAUAUGCCCAUCUUAUUUUUGGUACAUUUGAUUUACGUUCAUCGGGUUGUGUUACAUUUGAAGAUUUUCUUGUUUGUUUAUCAACAUUAUGUCGUGGAUCAUUGGAAGAUCGACUUCGAUGGAUAUUUCAAUUAUAUGAUACGAAAAAAUCUGGAAAAUUAACACAAGAUGAUUUUCAUCUUAUUGUUUGUGCUGUUUAUUCCUUACUUGGAAAUGUCUCAAGUCCACGUUAUGAUCUUGAAACAAUUCGAGAACAUACAGUUACUGUCUUUCAACGAUUUGACAAAUUACAUCAAGGAUACAUAACAAUUCAAGAUUUUAUGUCGUUUUGUCUAAAUGAACCAACAAUAGUUCAAUCGAUUGAUGGCUUGAGAACAACUGUAUGA